CGUAACUGCCAGUAUCUCCCUUCUGACAGCGCUCGUGGCGUUCACUGCCGAGCUCAUAGUUGGAUAUCGUAAAAUGUAAUGCAAAACCGCGCACGAAAUAUGACAGUCAAGAUAUUCAUUGACCUCACGACACAGCCGUUUGUCACGGACCUGGUAUUUCCAGAGGGACUUCCCAAAGGUGGUUAUGUGACGCUGUUUGUUGGAUGCUGUCAAAGGACUCCUCAGCCUGGAAAGUUAGUUGACCGCAUACCGUUGAAGCAAGGUGCCAGUUCAAAUUCAGAAAUACCAGUUGUGAGACAUACAUGUCACAACCAGACUUACACGGAAUUCUGUGAUGCGAAGAUUUAUGUGCGGCGUGAGUCAGACGAAAAUGGGGGUGCGAGCUUCCCUUGCAACCUUAGACAUUCCUUUGACUCUGGUGUGUUGACAGAGCAGGAGCACCGCAGACUUCACAUUCAAAGAGAAGUACCUGAGCUCUGUGGAGACAUCACGCCUAUCCAGAAAGUUUGGGACUGCUGUGACUGCCAGUACUGUGGAGUCAGAAGUGCUCCCAGAGAUCACCCACCGCACAUUGAAUUUAAUCAUAGUGGACUUGGGCAGUCGUGCAUACUGUGUCGCCGAGUGUUCAAGAACGAAUCCACUCUCCUCAAGCACCUGUGCCUUCAUGCUCAAGAUGGAUUUCACUGUGGAGUCUGCAGGAAGCCUUUCCCCUCAAAGGAUCUAUGCAGCAGGCACGUGGAAAGGAACGCAUGUAGCCCAGCCCCCAGGCCUGAACCGGUGCGACGGCUUGAGGUGCUUCCAGCUGCAUUUUUCGAACCCAUUGUGGUGCCGCCCGCUGAAACAACUUCGAUCGAUGCAACGAUUUCUGGUGUCAUUGCCGAAAGCAUUCCUGACAACAGCAAGAGCCAUGUCGAAGUGACUGACACUGCUACUGUCACAGCUGGUGAGCCUGCCGGUGUGUAUAUCAUGGUGUCUGACAAACAAGGCGGAAGCAGGCGUGAGCUGCUGGGACCUGUCCGUGCUCGUCAGCACCGGCUGCCUUGCCCACACUGCCCUCGCUUUUGCUUUUCUCAGGCAGCUUUGCAGGUCCACUUGAGGCGCAAGCACAUUAGCAAUGCACCCCUCAAAUGCCCCCACUGCCCGAAGCGGUUCUUUGUUGAUACUGUAUUCUACAAGCACCGGUCCAUCUGCAUGCGCAAAGGAAAAGGAAAAGAUGUGAAAGUUUAUGUAACGGAAUCGAAAAAUAGAUGGAACCGGCUAAACUGCGAGCACUGCGACUUCUUUACUCACCGGUAUCAGAUAUUGACGGACCAUUAUGCUGAAAAUCACCAGGAGCAUGCUUUGAGCACAUGUGAAACAUGCCAGACUCGAUUUGCUCAUCAUGCUUACAUGCUGAUUCAUCAAGUUCAGGUACACUGCCUGUCGGAAGAGAACCAACCGCAGGCAUGCAGCUUGUGUGACCUGACCUUAGAUGGCAUAGAGGGGCUCAGAGACCAUCUACUGGAGGUCCACCUGCCAGCUCCCAUUUUCCGCUGCUUUGAAUGCUAUGGACGUUUCUCCACAUAUGCUGCUGUGUUGCGUCACAGAAACGAAAAGCACAAUCCAAAGUCAUCCAAGUGCCCGGACUGCCCAAAGACGUUCAAGAAUGCCCUUGCUUGCCGUCGACAUGUGCUGUACACUCACUACAGUUCACGUCUGGUGAAUUCCUGCAAGCUAUGUUUCAGGCGCUACAAGAACCUCCUCGAGCUUCGUUAUCACAUGGCACUGUCGCAUAUAAAUGAGCUGUCUGAAGAAGAGAAGGCAUCACUGGAGCCCCUGAAGAAACACUGCGCUCAGUGUGACUAUAUGACCUUCAACCGGCGCAGCAUGGUGGGACACAUGCGUCGUAAGCAUGGAGAGAUGCUCAAGUGUCCACAGUGCCCGGGCCGAUUUGCCCAAGUAGCCGAGCUCACACGCCACCAGAGAUUGAGGCAUGGCUCUGUCGGCCGCCAGCAGUGUCCCCACUGUCCUCGUAGCUUUGUUUGCCCCAAGCUGUAUGGAGUACACCUCAGCAUGCAUCAGGAAGGUCGAGGCCAUGAGUGCACCAUUUGCAGGCGCCUGUUUGAGAGUGAGGCCAUACUCAAGCACCACAGCGACUCACACACAAGCUCCAGCAAUCGACGUUGCAAAGCCUGCCUGCGUGUGUUUGCCACUACCUACCACUUGGCGAAGCACGAGAAGAUGUACACGACACAAUCCCCUGAUGGUACAGCGGUGCUGACAUGCCCGAGCUUACCUCCCAAAGUCAUUAAACGGAGGAAAGAUCGGCGAUCUUUCACACUGACAUGCGACCAGUGCCAUUUACGUUUCAAGUACCAGAGCAGCCUGUCUGCCCACAAGAUGGCAUUGCACGGAAAGAGCUCGAAAGACGGGAGGUCAUUAACCUGUGAGAUAUGCGAGGAAAGCUUCGUUUCUAUGAUGGGCCUGUCGUCGCACAUUCGCACUCACACGGGCGAGCGCCCAUUCUCUUGUGGAGAGUGCGGCGCCAGCUUUGGUCAGUCGAGCACACUGCGAGAGCACACGGUCCUCAAGCAUAGUCGUGCCUUCCGGGAGACCUGCCCCCUUUGUUCCAAGGGCUGCGUGUCCAAGACAAAGCUGCGAAGGCAUCUACAGGCUGCUCACAAGGCCCUUCUCGUCUGUGCACAGCCUGCAGCGCCUAGGCGCUCAACGUCCAGCACUGCGUCAACUCCAGCUAGAGCACCGCAACCAGCCACUUCCGACGACACGGACACCUACCUGUUACCCGACCUAGUGAACACUGAGGAAACGUACGAGGCACCAGAGGAAGAGGGUGCGGUGCUGCAAGAAGGAGAACUGCAGGAAGGUGAACUGCAACAGGGCAUGGUUCCGCAAGUGGUGGCAGUGACCACACGAGCUGAUGAUUCCAACCUGGCUGUGGCAGUAGACAGCAUCAUCAACCUGAUGGUGUGCGACACCCUGAUAGAGACCAACUGCAUUGAGCUGACGAGCGAAGAAGCUCGUGGAGAUGAAGAAUGUUGAUGGUGGCUGUUGUGGAAAGCUAGAGAGCAGCAAUUAUAGUGGAUGCACCGACUUGCCAAGUUUAUUGAUAACUUCCGCCAGGGUUUUCUGGCACUUUGGGAAAUUUUUACAUGCGCUUAAAGUUUAAGCAGUUUUCAAGUAUAAAAUAAAAUAUAGUUUUGGUCAUUUUUU